UCGAGCAAUCCGCCUGCCUCGGCCUCCCAGAGUGUUAGGAUUACAGGCGUGAGCCACCGCGCCCGGCCUGCACCCUGAGUCUUUACAGGGGCCUCAUGGUGGUUCAUUGAAUGUCAGGACAACAGAGCCUGUAGGAGCUGGGGCUCCUCGGCCACAGCUGUGUGGCCUGGGCCAGCGACCUCCCCUCUCUGUGCCUUGAUUUGUUGCUGUACAGGGUGUGUUUUCGGGUAGCACACAGAGCUGUGUCUGGCCAGGAGAAUGUGCCUAGCACAGUGCCCGGCUCCGAUGGGGGGUCUGGUCUGUUGUGUUCACAUGCGGCCCUGGGCACCCAGGGGAGCUAGAGGUAGGUGCUCAAAACGCGCAGGACGACUGCACGUGUGUGAGCGCCGAGGGGCAGGGCUGCUACCUUCUGGGGGCCCGUGUCACCUGGACCUCGCAGGUGCUCAGUGGAUGAGGACAUGAGAGAGCGCCUGCCCGUCCCAUGCAGGGAUUUGAGUAGAGCGUCAGCCAUUCUGUCUCUGUUGGAAAGGGGCGCUCCCUGGGUGCACCAGGGUUGAGAGCCUGGGCGGCAGCAGGGUGGUUUUGGGAGUUGACUUGGGGCCCUGACAGUCUGUCCAACUGAGGCCACUGCUGGCUGAGAGGCCUCGGGCCUCUCUUUCCUCAUCUGCCUAAUGAGGACAACACUCGUACCUACCCAGAGGGCUGUGGUUUGUAAACCAUUUAGAGCAGGUCCUGGGACCUGUGAAGUGGGGUGUCCAAGUGUCGCCUGAGUGAACCACAUGGCACAUCUGCGCGUGUUCUCUGUGUUCCGUAAGACAGCGUGGGACGCUGGUAGGGGUUCCUGAAAGCAGGUUUACGCCACCCCACGGUGGGGUGGGCCCCCCAUGGUGCCUGCGUGGUGGCGAGCCCCUCGUCACUGGGGGGCUCAAGGAGCUCGGAUCAGGCAGGUUGUGCUGAGGCGGUGUAGACACGCCCACUGUUUGCAAAUGCAGGUCUGAAGAUCCCAGCGGACGUGAGGUGGGGAAGCAGAGACGGGACGUGGAAUGAGAUUCCCUUAGCGCUGAGUGUGCUCAGCCGGGGGACUUGCCUGGCUUCCUCCUCUGGAGGUCAGGUUGUCGGUGCAGACUCUGCGAGCUCGCACCAGGGGCGGGGCAGACGGCGGAGCACGCGCUUGCUGAGCGCUGUCGGAGCUCCCGGCGCGCAGCUCUGAGAAGAGGCAGGAUCGAAGAGCCGGCCGGGCCGGGGCUGCACGCCGAGUCCAGGCGCAGGGCAGGCCCUGCCCACUCUGCUCUCCGUGCUGGCUGGAGGCGGCCAGGCCAGAGCAGGAAGGGGCAGCUGGGCUGUCUGCGCCACAGUGGGGAGGGGACAAGAGCCUGACUAUAAGACCAGCUCGGGGAUGGGGACUUGGGGAGGGGACAUUUCUCCCUGGCUUCUCAGGGCGGCGUGAGGGUUGAGUGUGGUCCCUGGAGCAGCUCUGCCCCAAGGGAGAUGAAAACGAGUGUCCACACAAAUACACGUGUGACCCCGGGGCUAGGCAAGGUCAGUCACAAGAGGCUGAAGGUGGAGAAGCCCACGCAUCCUGCAGUGAUGGAUGGAAGGAAUGUGGAAUAUUGCUCAGUCACGAAGAGGAAUGUGCUACAACGGGACCCAGACAUGGAGCUUCGGGAAGAGGCCUGGUCUCCAGGGCCACUGGACUCUGAGGACCAGCAGAUGGCCAGUCACGAGAACCCAGUGAUGAGCUCAGAACUCAGAACUUCCUGGUUGAUUUUGGCAAUGGAAUAGGCUCUGUGCCGUCUCUUCAGAAGCCUCCCCACCCCCUGCUCCUUCUACCUGGAUUCUUCUGCCCAGCCAGGACUGCCUUCCUAGAGCCCAGAUGUGACACCAGCAUGUGGCCGCAUUCAGUGGACAUCCUCAUCAUGGAUGAUGACGACGUCCCCAGCUGGCCUCCAACCAAGCUCUCCCCGCCCCAGUCCGCACCCCCAGCCGGCCCUCCACCCCGGCCGCGGCCGCCCGCCCCCUACAUCUGCAACGAGUGUGGCAAGAGCUUCAGCCACUGGUCAAAGCUGACGCGGCACCAGCGCACGCACACGGGCGAGCGGCCCAACGCCUGCAGCGACUGCGGCAAGACCUUCUCGCAGAGCUCGCACCUGGUGCAGCACCGGCGCAUCCACACGGGCGAGAAGCCGUAUGCCUGCUCCGAGUGCGGCAAGCGCUUCAGCUGGAGCUCCAACCUCAUGCAGCACCAGCGCAUCCACACGGGCGAGAAGCCCUACACUUGCCCCGACUGCGGCCGCAGCUUCACGCAGAGCAAGAGCCUGGCCAAGCACCGGCGCUCGCACAGUGGCCUCAAGCCCUUCGUGUGCCCGCGCUGUGGCCGUGGCUUCAGCCAGCCCAAGAGCCUGGCGCGCCACUUGCGGCUGCACCCUGAGCUGUCGGGGCCGGGCGUGGCAGCCAAGGUGCUGGCGGCCAGUGUCCGCCGGGCCAAGGCGCCCGAGGAGGCGGCGGCUGCGGACGGCGAGAUCGCCAUCCCAGUAGGCGACGGCGAGGGCAUUAUCGUGGUGGGCGCGCCGGGCGAGGGGGCCACGGCGGCCGUAGCCAUGGCAGGCGCAGGGGCCAAGGUGGCCGGGCCCCGGUCGCGGCGUGCCCCGGCCCCCAAGCCGUACGUGUGCAUGGAAUGUGGGAAGGGCUUUGGGCACGGGGCAGGGCUUCUGGCUCACCAGCGGGCCCAGCACGGGGACGGGCUUGGGGCGGCAGGCGGCGAGGAGCCUGCCCACAUCUGCGUGGAGUGCGGGGAGGGCUUCGUGCAGGGCGCCGCGCUCCGGAGACACAAGAAGAUCCAUGCCGUGGGUGCGCCCUCGGUCUGCAGCAACUGCGGACAGAGCUACUACCCGGCUGGCGGGGAGGAGGAGGAGGAGGAGGAGGACGCAGCGGGCGGGCGGUGCGCUGAGUGCAGGGGUGGGGAGGGCCGGUAGGGGCGGGGGAGCCCGGGGGUGUUGGGGUAGGGCCCUCGGGCUUGGCUGGAACUACAACGUCCAAGACCCAGAGAUGGACAGGGGGUGGGACGGACCUCAGCUCCCCGCUUCCCCCAACGCUGUCCACGUGGUGCACUGGGGUCAGGUGGGGUGGUAGGGCAAGUUCACGUCACCUCAAGACUUUGCCAGCCCUGCCCGAGCCCUGCCCUACAGCCUUGCCUGCCUCCCUAGGUUUAUGGGCCCGGAGCCAGAGACGAUGUGAGAACUGUAGAGGCCAGAGGCCGUUUCCCUCUCGUUUCUCCCACCACCCGGUGAUGGAGGUGUUGCAAGGAAUGGAGAGAGAAACUGGGCCUUUUGCAUUUAGAGGGGUCCUGGAGAGGGAAGGGAAGUAGCGGCCCUUUUCUCUUUUAGAAUUUUCUUUUAAUCAUACCCACCUUCCUGACCCCUCCCAUUCAUUGUUUUUUUCUGCCCUGUGGGUUCCAUCUUUUUUUUUUUUUUCUAGCCGACGUCCUUCCUCCCCCUCCUGGAUUUGGGUAGUGGAGGAGUGAAGCAGAACUAGCCCUACUCCAAGUGCAGCCCUUCCCAAGGGCACGUGCCCUUCUCCGUUCCCUGGCCUGGCGCGGUUGGCGAGGGUGCGGGGGCAAUAAAGCGCACUGUUCAGCAGU